AUGGAAAUUCCAGCAAAAAAGAAUUUUUCAAAGUUCCAGCUAAAAAAACCAAUAUGGCUACAAAUUGGUGGAUCUCUCCCCGUUUUAAAUGAAAAAACAUUUUCUAUAAAGGAUAUGAAGCCGUCAAGGAAAUCUGCUCCUCAAAUGGUGUUGUCUGUCCCUCCAAAUUUGGAAGAAAAACGCGUCAAAAUUUCUAAAACGCCGCUUAUAUUGAAAUAUUUGAAGAAUAAUUGGAUAUGGCAUAACAAAAAUGGGACUGAGAAAUGUCCAACCCCUCCUAUAUCAAGAAAAAGGCGAAGAACAACCCCAACAGAAAGAGACGAUGAUGAUGAUAGUUCAUCAAAUAAUGAAGGAAAUGAUACACCUGAACGUACAAGAUUUAGACCUUCUGAAGAGAUUGUUGGGGAACAAAGAGGAAUGGAAACUGAACAAAAUGUAUCAACUCCAACAAUUUUUUCUGCUUUAAAUGAAACAGCAGCAAGUGAAGGAAGAGAAGUAAUUAUACACCAUUUUAAACAUGAUUUUUUGACUCGACAACUCGAAAAUGUUCAAGAAGAAGAACAGAGUACCUCAACAACUAAUUUCCAAAUUAAUUUAAAUACGUGUAUGGCUGCGAGAGAAAUUGAAAGAUAAGAAGAGGAGGGAGGGAUGGAGGGAGAAGGGAAGGAGGAAGAGAUGAAUAAUAAUGAAGGAAGAUGAAUGACUGACUGAUAUACCGUAUUUACUCAAAUAAUUACCCUCCUAGUAUAAGUACCCCUCCUUCCCUAGAAUAGGUACCCCGACCUCCCUUGAAUAAUUACCCCCUUUAAUAAGUACCCCCUCCCUUGACCUCCCUUGAAUAAGUGUCCCACUCCCCCACCUCCCUUGAUUUACCCUUCCUAGAAUAGGUACCCCCCUCCCUCCCUCUCUAUUUAUAACCCCACCCAACCAGGGUUUGAA